CGAACAACUCGGCAACUCAGCAUGUUCACCCACCUGUCACAGUCACUCUUAAGAUUAGGGCCAUUGGGGUUCACGAGACCGUGCGACAUCGUGCGACACCGUGCGACACUGGAGAGCUAUGGAGGACUACCGCGAGGCUCAGAGAGCCAAAUGGCUGUCACAGAAAGAGGCUCCAAGUGCUCCAAGUGCUCCAAGUGCUCCAAGUGCUCUAAGUGCUCCAAGUGAAAGCUCUGACGCGCGAUUGAAGUUCCCGAACGCCCGCCGGAUCCACAUCUUGCCUGUUUAUCCCUGUCCUUGCGAGCAAGACCAGCGCUUGCAGGUUUUGUCCCCGAUCCUGCGACAGCUUCGUGCAGAUCAGGUGCCGGUCCGAACUGGACUUUUUCUUAGACCCCCUGGCCUGGAAUUCAUCAUUGUGAAAUCUGAGCCAGCUGAAGCUGUUCUGGCCCCGAGCACAGACUUCUUUAUCGAAGGCCAGCCUCUGAAGCGCUUCGAGAAGGUUCAGUUUAUUUGUCUCUGGGACUUUGAGCGGGCGCGCACAGAGCAGGAUGCAACGACUCUCUUCAGGGAUUACAUUAACCCAUACUUCAAGGAGAGACACACUGAGGAGGCUACGAGCAUCGUGACAGUUAAUGAACAUCUGCAAAUCGCAGACAUGGAGUUCCAGGUUGUUGCGGCAGAGCCCACUCCUCCCGAGAUCGGCAUAGUCGACCUCAGCACUGUCGUCUUCGUUGAUUGGGACAACACGCCGGAGUUCGCGAAGAUCCACUUUGUUCCUUUCCAAGACACGCUGCCAGCCGCGUAUGAGUACGACAUUUUCAACGACUAUCUCAAGCCCUAUCUGAGCAGGAACAAGCUUCAGAGCUUCACAGUGAAUGACCAUUUCACCUUUCAGGGUGUGCAGUUCAAAGUGGUGUGCUGCGAGCCUCGCGGCCCCGCGCGCAUCGGCAAGAACACCACAAUCUUUUGCGAGGGAGUUUUGCACCCGUCCCUGCGGAACCUGCUCCCUCCCGAAAUGCUUGAGCAACUGCAAUCCCUGCCUCCGGGCCUGCAGAUGAUGCUGUUGAAUACAGAGGCCAUCGCUGGGGGCUAUGAGGAACGUCUCAUCGAGGUGCAGGAGAUCCUUUCAAGGAGACAUGGAAUGGCUCAGGAGUUCAUCGAUCGCAUUCCCCGAAGCAGGUGGAGUGACGAGACGGGCAACGGGCAGACGACGUGCAUGGUGUGCCUCGGCGCUUUUGAGGCAGAUAGCGAGGUGCGGCAGCUUCCUUGUCAGCACUUCUUCCAUGUGCAGUGCAUCGACGAAUGGCUUCGUCGCUGCACGGAUUGUCCCAUUUGCAAAACCAACGUGGACAGAGCAGUGCGGCAGUACUGACAUCCUCGCACGGGG